AUGGGUGACCGUGCGAUCUCUACUUAUGCUCAAGAUCGUCCAGGGACUUCGGAGUGGUGCGACAGCAUAACAGACAUCUGCUUCCAACGAUACUACGAUGCCGACCUCGACAUUGCCUGGGGCUACGUCUUCCCCCCGAGCCCUUCAGCAGGGGAACCUCAGCCGGACGAAUUCAUCGGUCUGUUCACUGGUCCAGUCUCAGCGGGAUGGAUUGGGAACAGCUUGGGAGGUGGUAUGAGGUCCAACCCUCUCGUCGUUGGAUGGGUGGACAAUGAGCACAACGCCUUGCUGUCUGUGCGUUUCACCUCCCGGUUUGCGUCGCCAGAUCCUCUCGAGGGUCCGCAGCUCACCCUGUUGGGCACCUCUGGAGCGAAUGCUACGCACCAGCGUAUCGUGUACCGCUGCCAGAAUUGUACCGUGUGGGAGGGAGGAUCUAAUGGUAUCCGCUUCAACGAAACCGCGCAAUUUGGCUUUGCAGCCCAUGGUUCACAGAAGCCCGACGAUGUGGCCAAUGCCGACUCCAGCGUCCCCGUACACAGUGUAGCUGGACAACAUGAUUUCGAUGUAUCAAGCGCCCGUUCGGACUCUUACGAUAUGGCUCUCCAGCAACUACAAGCUGCCCCGCCUUUGCGACCUCCGAUAGAAGAGGAUGCACCAAGCCCAUCUACCCCCGCGGAAAGGCCCACUGGCUCCAACCCUUCGGCGUGUGCCAACGCACCCCAGGCCAGCCACGCGUUCAAGACCGGACCCGGUUGGGUAGGGACUCCCGUCUUGGGGGGACUUAGAACGCCUAGAGGCAUCAUACUAGACGGCCGAGGCAACCUCCUCGUCAUUGAAAGAGGGAAAGGUCUUACAGGGCACACCUUGGACUCUGAAGGCUGUGUGACCAACAGCAAGUUGAUUAUCGACGACACGAGGCUAAACCAUGGCAUAGAUGUGGUUGGAAAUAGACUAGUGGCGAGCUCCUCGGAUAUCGCUUGGGCUUGGGACUAUAAUGACAGCGAGAUGACGGUCUCGAAUAGACGAGUUUUGGUGACUGGAAUGGACAAUCCAGGACAUGUCACCAGGACGCUACACAUCUCUCGUAAAAACCCUGAUUAUCUGGUGGUCAGUGUGGGCUCCGACGGUAACAUCGAUGAAGCAUCCAUUCAGGCCGAAUCCGGAACCGCUCAAAUCCGUGUGUUUGAUAUGCGGACGCUACCUGAAGACGGCGCUGCGUAUACCGACGAGACUUACGGAAAGGUGCUAGGGUAUGGACUGAGGAAUGACGUUGGAAUCACAGAGGACAAGGCUGGCAACAUCCACAGCAUCGAAAACUCCCUUGAUAACGCCUACCGCGUCGUAAAUGGAGACCAGCGCGACAUCCACACAGAUAACCCAGCGGAGAAAGUCUACAAUCAGCCUGCCGGGAUCUUUGGAGGCUACCCUAUUUGUUACACCGUAUGGGAAGAAAAGGAUUUCAGGGAUGGCGAUACGCGCAAGAAGCCUGGAGACUGGUUCGUUCAAGAUCCGGGCAACUCGACGUUUAACGAUGAGUGGUGUGAAGCGAACGCUGUCAAGCCCACUGUCCUUCUACCUCCCCACACUGCUCCUCUGGAUCUGAAGUUUGGCGUGAAGUCCGGAGACAGCAACCUGUACGCUUCGUUACAUGGUAGUUGGAAUCGUCAGCCACCUCAGGGCUACAAAGUCGUCGCCGUUCCAGGCCAGUUCUCUUCGUCGGGCGAUUGGAGUCCAUCCGGUAGCCUUAAGGACACGAAGACCAGUGCUGUGGAUAUCCUAGCCAAUUUGGACGAGAAUGACUGUCAACGGGGCUGCUUCCGCCCAGUUGGACUCGUGUUUGGGAACGACGGUGAACACCUGUAUGUGUCGAGCGAUACCACUGGGGAAAUCUUCUUGCUGCGACCAGGAGAUAAUUCCGGUGGCGCGAAGACUCUGAGCCAAACUUCUGUCACAUUCUCGCUCUUCCUAUCUGUCUUCAUUGGCAUCUGGUUGGCUUGA